CUGUAUAUAGAUUUGGCACUAAUAUAUUCUCCAGAAAUAAUGUAUACAUCGUUUGCUUUUUUUAGCCGAUUGCACCUCAACAAGAAGGCAACAGACAAACAGCCGUAUAGCAAGCUCCCAGGCGUGUCUCUCCUGAAACCACUGAAAGGAGUGGAUCCCAACCUCAUCAACAACUUGGAAACAUUCUUUGAAUUGGAUUAUCCCAAAUAUGAAGUGCUCCUUUGUGUACAAGAUCAUGACGAUCCAGCCAUUGAUGUAUGUAAGAAGCUGCUUGGAAAAUAUCCAAAUGUUGACGCCAGGUUGUUUAUAGGUGGCAAAAAGGUUGGCAUUAACCCUAAAAUUAAUAAUCUAAUGCCAGGAUAUGAAAUUGCAAAAUAUGAUCUUAUCUGGAUUUGUGAUAGUGGAAUAAGAGUAUUUCCAGACACGCUCACUGACAUGGUCAACCAGAUGACGGAGAAGGUGGGCCUGGUUCACGGGCUGCCUUACGUCGCAGACCGACAGGGCUUUGCCGCCACCUUAGAGCAGGUGUAUUUCGGAACUUCUCAUCCAAGGUCCUAUAUCUCUGCCAAUGUAACUGGUUUCAAAUGUGUAACAGGAAUGUCUUGUUUAAUGAGAAAGGAUGUGUUAGAUCAAGCAGGAGGGCUUAUAGCUUUUGCUCAAUACAUUGCUGAAGAUUACUUUAUGGCCAAAGCAAUAGCUGACCGAGGUUGGAGGUUUGCAAUGUCCACUCAAGUUGCCAUGCAAAACUCUGGUUCCUAUUCAAUUUCUCAGUUUCAAUCCAGAAUGAUCAGGUGGACCAAAUUACGAAUUAACAUGCUUCCUGCGACAAUAAUUUGUGAGCCGAUUUCAGAAUGCUUUGUUGCCAGUUUAAUCAUUGGAUGGGCAGCCCACCAUGUAUUCAGAUGGGAUAUUAUGGUAUUUUUCAUGUGUCAUUGCCUGGCAUGGUUUAUAUUUGACUACAUUCAACUCAGGGGUGUCCAGGGCGGCGCACUGUGUUUCUCAAAACUUGAUUAUGCAGUAGCUUGGUUCAUCCGCGAAUCCAUGACAAUAUACAUUUUUUUGUCGGCAUUAUGGGACCCUACGAUAAGCUGGAGAACUGGCCGCUACAGGUUGCGCUGUGGGGGCACCGCAGAGGAAAUCCUAGAUGUAUAACUACAGCUCUGGGACUGUACAUACAGGAGAAAAGAGAAGUAUUAUAAAUUAUGUUUAUAUAAAUGCUUUUAAAGACCUACCUUCAGUAGUUUUAUCACAUGUAUGUUUUGGUAUCUGUUCUUUAAUUUAUUUUUUGCAUGGCACUUGCAUCUGUGAAAAAAAGAGAAACACACCUGUAGUCUUGGCCAAAUGGUAUACUUUAUUUUGUGGAAGUAGAGCAUCGAAAGAAUUGGUUCUAGGAACCUGGGUUUGGUUUUCGUUGUUUUUUUAAAAGUAUAUAUAUAUGUAUAUGUAUGUAUAUGUAUGUAUAUAUAUGUAAGUGCUCUGCAGCAAACACUGACAGCACCCUUCAGUAGAGAAAGUUUCUUGCUUGUGAGUACUCCUGUAGACCAUUCACGGAGUGGCAGCGGCUUUGUUCCCGGCUUUAGGAGACUGGAAGGUAACCGCCGUUCCUGCGCAGGGCGAGCGGAGCUGCGCGUUGAACAAUCCACGGCGAGGUACUGACGGGAAACUUUUUCACGCUUUGUGCCUACCUCUCGUAGUUGUUGCAGAGCAGGUAUAAAUUGUAACAAGGUAGCUAGGCCUUGCAAAAACAAACAGAAAAACUUUUAAAAAUAAUAAUAAUAAUGAAAGAGCUGGAGUCUAGUAUUUCUAUAAAUCUGUGAGAGAGGUUUUUUUUUUUUGGUCUCACUGCAAUGAAUCCAAAGUGGUUGAGUUUGGUUUCUAAUCACAGCCAUGUAUUGAAGGCAUCUUUUUGACCAACUCUUGUUGGUUCUGUCUUGAACCAUUGUUAAUCACUGUGCUGGUAAACCUGUCCUUCCCUGCCCCUCCCCUGACCCACCCCACCUCCCUUUACCUUUUUUGGGGGGGUGGGAAGGGUGCUGGGGGGGUUUAGUGUGAGUGGAUGUUUUGAUAGUUGUGAGGAAAAAUGCAUUUCAGACACAUUUCACACAUGAGCUAUUUUCUUACACAGUAUGUCUUACUGUUAAAAAGAAUGUAAUUACAGGUAUUUAGUAUCUUUUUUAAGUACGUACAUAUUCUAGCAUCAACAAAGAAAUUGCAGUAGGUUAUUAAGAGGGGUCAGGAUGAGUUUUACUCUUAGAAUUAAUCAGUAUCAACUAAGUCUACUGUGCGUGUGGUUUGUUUUUUCGUUUUUUGUUUUUGGGUGUUUUGUUUUUUUUUUACUAUUACAGUUAGUCUAGUCUUAUUUAAAUUGGAUUUUUGUAUUCCAGUUUGUAUGACAAAGUAGACUAGGGCAGUGCUAUUGUAAAUGCAUGCUGGUUCCCCUCCCGCCCAUCGCGCCGCUGAACUUGCUUGUCAGGUUGUGCUUAACUUGUGGUGAACUGGACUUGUUUCUCGUUUUUAAAAAAAUAAGCAAAUAUGUAAGGGACAGUGCAUAACAUAAGCCUUUUUUUCUCUCUUCUCUUUUUUUUUUUUUUUGGUAGUGGAAUUUUUGCUCUUCUUUAGGAUGGGAUGGCAUGUUGUCCAUAUGAACGCCUGUUGCGGGGCUGACACUGGCAAUAUGGCAGCUUUAAUUCUGUUACUAAGUUUCCAUGUCAAACCUUAAUGUGUAGCAUCUUAGCAAUAAUUACGAUUUAUAGAAAAUGAACCCUUUUUCACUGCACUGAGCCAAUUCAUUUAAUUGUCCAAUGACUCUGUACGUGGUUUAAAUUGUAAUAUAUCUGUAACUGUGUAUCUACCGUGUAUACACAUUACAUAUAAGCCUUUCUCUGGGCCAGACGGCUUCGUUCCUUUUGUCGUCCUCGUUUUGCUUUUGCCUUAUGAUGAACUCGUUUGAAGGGCACCUUCUUCAUGAACAAAGGCUUUGUUGCGUACCCUUCCUAUGUGAAAUGGGCGCUAUUGUUCCCUGAGGAAAGUUGCACAAGUGAAACCAGUCUAGUUGUGACCCACUCCGUGUUUCUGUUUUUAAAUCACUGUUAAUACGAGUUGAAUUUUGCCGACCACAUUUGUAACUUUGGUUGGUUGGUUGAAUGAAGUUUGGUUGAUGCCAUCCUUUGCACUGCUGAAGUGAAAUCUCGCUUAUUACUUGGCUUUUUGCUGAUCUCAGCAUGGGCAAGGGAACAACAAAACCAAAAUGGCUGGACAGACUUCUUGUGUUUUGUAAAUAUCAAACGUGACUGUUCUGUGUGUGUGUUUCACGUGGGAGUGGAGGAUUUCCUUAAAGUGAAGCUUCGUCUGAGCAGACAGUGAUUUUUUUUUGUUUUUGUUUAGCAAGUUUAGAGUGAUGAUAAAAUGGUAAGAAAUAAUAUAAAUGUUGAAGAAAGCAUCACAACAAAACUGUAGGCGUCCAAAUUUAAUAAACUGUCUUUUAAAAAGUAUCUAGAAUAUACCAUGUUUUAUUAUUUAAAAUCAUUGUCUUUAUGUUUUUUUGUUCAAAAAAAUAAAAAUUUGAAUACAAUCAAAACAUUAGCACUACUGCA